AUGCUAACAAACCGAAACUUGCCAUCCUUCUACUUCCUCAAGCUCACUGGCAUUUCUAUUGAGGGUACCAGGCUCGCCCUUUCACCUACUGAAACUGUGUUGGACUCCGGCACAUCAUUUACCUACUUGACACCCACUUCCUACUUUGUCCUUCACGGCAUUUUUGGAAAAAAAAUGAGCAAUUUUCCAACAGCGCUGCCAAUUUUAUAUCUCGACACAUGCUAUGACCUCACUGGCCACUCGGAGGUGGACGUGCCAGAGAUUGUGUUAACCUAUGAUGGUGAAGUGCCGACUAUCUUAGAUGGCUCGGGGAUACGUUAUAUUGUCAGUGUAUCUCAAGCGUGCUUAGCCUUCACUAAAUUAAAUGAUGAUGUUAAGGUUUCAAAUAUUGGUAAUAUGCAUCAAUGUAGGUUCAAUGUUGUCUAUGAUGUGGGGAACUUAAGAAUUGGCUUUGGGAGUAAUGUUGUAGCUAGUGAUGGAUCAAUCGACGUGAUUGGGUUAAAUGCAAUGUAUUGA